AUGCGCCUCCCCGUGAAAAUGAAGCCGCCCCCCAGCGGUGAUGCGGCUGCCCGGAAGAUCCAGGCGUGGUGGCGCGGCACGCUGCUCCGCCGCACGCUGCUGCACGCGGCGCUCAGAGCCUGGAUCAUCCAGUGCUGGUGGCGGCACACGCUGAUGAUCCUGCUGCAGAGGCGGCGGCGGGCGGCGCUGGACUUCUAUGCACGGGAAACGUGGGCGUCUACCAGGCUGCAGUCCUGGUUCCGCAUGUGGCACAUCCGAAGGCGGUACUGUCGACUGCUCAACGCUGUUCGUAUCAUCCAGAUUUCCUGGCGCUGGCACAGUUGCCAUACUCGUGGUAUCUUCCAGGGCCACUAUGAGCUCGCAGCAAGCCAGCUGAAACUCGAGCUGGACAUCUUUCUAGGGUCCCAGAUUUGUCGGAUCACAGACUGCAUCCCCUUCCCAAUAAAGAACUGA